GUCCGCGAUCUGCGAGGCUGUCAAGCGAGAGUACUCAAUGGGCAUCUACGGACAGCAAGGUGCAGACUAGCCAAUGGCGUCAAACCAAGGCUACAAAUGUAUUACUAUAUAGCCUCAGGUUUGUCCGCGAAGUUGCGCGCGUUUUGCGACCUCCAUAUCUUCUCUCACCUCGAUGUUCGUCCUGUCGCGGCCAUGCGCCUGGUUCAAUCCAAACGACAGGGCUAGCGCCUUCCAGCCUAGCUCACUAGCCGCACACCUGCCGCUGCGGGCGAUAUUUUCUCUGCCCUGCUGCCCCUCGCUCUCUCACAAACCCUCCACUUCGAAGCAAACAUCCCAAUUUUUCUCCUUCGAACCCUUCCUUACCACAAAACUUAAGAGUGAGUCGGCGUUCAUCUCACAUCACAAACAAUGGAUUACCAAGCUCCUGCUCCUGCUGCCGGUGGCCGUGGCUGCUACAACUGCGGUGAUAACUCCCACCGCGCUGCCGAGUGCCCUACUAAGGGUACCCCGACUUGCUACAACUGCGGCGAGAAGGGCCACGUUAGCCGCGAGUGCACCUCUCCCCAGGCCGAGAAGACCUGCUACCGUUGCGGUGGCACCGGCCACAUCAGCCGUGAGUGCACACAGGCUGGUGGUGCCCCCGGCGGUCGCGCCGGUGGCCAGGAGUGCUACAAGUGCGGCCAGCAGGGCCACAUCGCCCGCAACUGCUCCCAGGGCGGUAGCUCCUACGGUGGCGGCUACGGCGGCGGCCGUGGUGGCUUCGGCGGCCAGGGCGCCCAAGGCGGUCAGGGCGGAUACGGGGGUGCUCGCCAGACCACCUGCUACUCCUGCGGCGGUUUCGGUCACAUGAGCCGUGACUGCACCCAGGGCCAGAAGUGCUACAACUGCGGCGAGGUCGGUCACCUGUCCCGCGACUGCCCCCAGGAGACCUCCUCUGAGCGUGUCUG